AUGAAGCCCACCCUCAUCUCAGUGCUGGUGAUGAUAUUUACACUCUGUGGAACAAGAGCCCAGACAGUGACUCAGCCCGAGGACCACAUCUCUGUCUUUGAAAGGUCUCCAGUGCAGGUGAAGUGCAACUACUCAUAUUCUGGGAGUCCUGUGCUCUUCUGGUAUGUCCAGUACCCCAAACAACACCUCCAGUUACUCCUGAAACACAUCUCAAGAGAGAGCAUCAGAGGUUUCACAGCUCACCUCGACAAGAAAGAGGCAUCCUUCCAUCUGAAGAAGCCAUCAGCUCAAGAGGAAGACUCAGCCAUCUAUUAUUGUGCUCUGAGUGACACCCGUACAGACAAAUUAACCUUUGGGGACGGGACCUCGCUCACUGUGAAGCCAAAUAUCAAGAACCCUGACCCCGCCGUGUACCAGCUGAAAGGCCCCAAAUCUAACAACAUCAGUGUAUGCCUAUACACUGAUUUUCAAAUGAAUACAACAAAAGACUCGGAGCCCGCGGUGUUCAGCUUGAGCAGGACUGUGUUCAACUCAAACACAACUGUGCUAGACAUGGGGGCCUUGGGUUCCAAGAGCAACGGGCUCGUGGCUUGGAGCAAAAGCACCGAUUUUGAAUGUCAAAGCACCUUCCAGCAGGAAUUCUAUCCUAACUCAGGAAUUUCCUGUGAUGCCAAGUUGGUAGAGAAAAGCUUUGAAACGGAUAUGAACCUCAACCUCCAAAACCUGUCAGUGAUGGGGUUCCGCAUCAUCCUCCUGAAAAUGGUUGGGUUUAACCUGCUCAUGACACUGCGGCUGUGGUCCAGCUGA